AUGGUGACCAAGAUCUACGUGACGUACAACGAUGUCCACAAGCUGUGCCAGGAGGCCGCCCCUCCCAUCCUCGAGAAGUUCAAGCCCACGCUGAUGAUCGCCAUCGGCGGCGGCGGCUACGUACCCGCGCGCAUCCUGCGUUCGUUCCUCAAGAAGCCCGGCUCGCCGAACAUCCCCAUCCAGGCCAUUGGCCUGUCGCUGUACGAGACGCUCAGCACCGACGACCAGGUCGAGGAGCCCGGCACAAAGGUCACCCGCACCCAGUGGCUCGACCUCAGCAGCCUCGGCGAGAUGAGCAACCUCAUCGGCAAGCGCAUCCUCAUCGUCGACGAGGUCGACGACACCCGCACCACCCUCGAGUACGCCGUCAAGGAGCUCGAGAAGGACGUCGAGGCCGCCCGUGUCAAGCUUGGCAAGAGCGAGUCCGAGAAGACAGAGUUUAGCAUCUUCGUCCUACAUAACAAGGAUAAGACCAAGAAGGGAACCCUGCCGAACGACAUGAUCAACGAGGGCCGCUACAUGGCCGCCCGGACCGUCGGCGAUGUCUGGAUCUGCUACCCCUGGGAGGCGACCGACAUUGACGAGCACGAUAAGAUGUCGAAGGAGCAGAAGGCGAAUGGGACAAACUAG